UGUCCGGGCUGUGCACAGCUCCUGGACUCCUGUGCUUCUCAGUUGGGAUGAUGGCAGCGCUGUGAUCGGGACAGGCUGGAGCCCCGGCGGAGGAGAUGGAUUCCCAGUCUUUAGAUAGCUGCAUUCAGAAGACGCUGUCCUCCCUCUACCAUCCCUUCGACUUCACCGCUGCCACUGUGCUGUGCCAGGUCCUGGAUGUGGUGGAGAAGACCUACCGCGGAGACGGCCUCAGUUACCUCAUCGAUUUCCUGAUCCCCGCCAAACGGGUCCUGCAGGGGCUACAGCAGGAGGCCUGUCUUCAGUACUGCGGGUUGCUCUUCCGACAUGCUGGUUGGCCCCUGUGCAUCCAUGACAAGGUUGUUCUGCAGUUGGCUUCCAUUGACUGGAGACUCCUUCGACCCGGAGACUUCUACCUUCAGGUUGUGCCUUAUCUGAGGAAGACCCCGAGGAUUGUGCUCAAAUGCCUGGCACAAGACCAACAUAACGUCGAGGAGGUGGUACUCCCGGAAGUGUCCUACACCUCCAUUUUCACCGUGGAAUGGUUGGAGUUCAUCAACUCCGAGCGGAUCGGGGCCUUGCUGGAGAACUGCCUCCUGACCUCUGACGACCAGCUUUUCAGGGUCCCCUGGGAUAUGGUCGUUUAUCCCGAGUUUGUAGAGAAAACAGAACCUGCUGAGAAGACAACAGAAACUCUCGAGAACUUGAAAUUGCCUUCUGAACCGGAGAAUAGGAGGUCAUCUGACCCCCAUAUGGGAGAUUUGAUGGUUAUAGAGGAUGCAGCCGUUCUCGAGAAACCAAGCACCAGCUAUGACGAGGAGCCAGCGGUUAAAGCUUUGGACCCCAAAACAGACGACUCUUGUGAUCUCGAAGGGGAGUAUGUUGAACUGCGUGAUAUCCAAUUGCCCCGUUUUGGUCCUCAGAAAGGGUCCCUAACUCAGUCUAUAGCCUUAAACUACAAACACCAGAACAAAGCCACCCAAAGAGCACCAAAGAACCAAACCGCGUGUAAUCUGGGCAGCAGGAGAUGCACGGAGAGUCUCGCUUUCUGCCCUGUAGAGCCUUGUGAAGUAACCACUAUAAUGGGAGCAAGCGUAACACACUACAAUGCUGACAAUGCACAAAAGCCAGAGUCUUUUGGCCUGGUGGACAUCGAGUUUGGGGGUCGCGAGUCCCCAUUGACUGACCAUACAGCUUUGAUUGUUGACAGCGGAAGUAAACCUUUCUACCAAGAUUUUAGUGUAGAAAACGAGGCCUCCUUAAAGGUUUUGCAGCACGGAGAGGACUCUGAUAUAAUUACGGCUGAAAAGAGCCUGGAGUGCUGCGAACAGCCAAGUUCAGAGUCCGUUAAUUACGUAGACUCGUCCUUCCAGGAGGGAACCCAAAACCACUUGAGAGAAAGCAUCGAGGACGGCGAACUGACAGAUGCUGCUCAAGAACCUGUUACUGAGCAUUCCAGGACACCAGGGUAUCCAAACGCUGAGACCAUGGAAUGUUCUAGCCAAGGGAGUUCUAAAACUUGUGCACACCAGGCCGAAACUGGGGAGCGCGACCAAACUGUGCCUCUAUUAGUAGACGAGACCCAACGGGAGGAACACCUAAAGGAGACCAACGCAGACGAAAUCCAUGCGGAAGUAGAUGUUACAGACAAGUGUGAUCAGCCAGUUAUUGAUCAGCAGCCUUGUCCUUCAGAUACUAGUGACCAAAAUGUGCAAGCAGAGGUAGACCGACAAUAUGACCUUGCCAGUGACAUUUGUGGUGAGCAGCUCGAAGGAGCUGACAGUUUAAAGAUUUAUGGCGCCACAACUGAUGCAGCUGAGGAGACCGAGGAAAGGCAUGAACAGGAAUCGCAGCCGUGCGUUGAGAGAGAUGGCUCUUUGUCCAGUUGUCCACAAAACACCAGCUGCCUUUUAUCUCCAUCAUCACAGUUACCUCUGGAAACUCUUCUCGAGGACACAGAGGAAGAGCAGGGCGAGGAACCAGAACCCCGGGCCGAGACCACAGAACCCCGGGCCGAGACCACAGAACCCCGGGCUGAGACCACAGAACCCGCCAUUGAAGAGGUGGUCACGUCUCUGAAUGCGGCUUUGGCAGGGACAUUUUGUUGGGUCUUUAAUAUCUUUUCUAGUACAGCCCUCGUGUCUCUUACUGGAGAGCACACCGAUGAGGUGGAGGAGAAGACACCAGAAAACGCACAUGAAAAAGAUCGGCCGCCAUCAUGGCAGCCCGGACUGAGUUCCCCAAUGGUCUCCCGAAGGACUGAAGGCCAAAGCCUGCCUACACGGGUCAUGCAUGUGAACCUGGAGGUUUUGAUGAGUGAGGUGAUAUAUUUACCAGGGACACGGGACAGAAGUGGACGCGCUGUGGUGGUCAUUAACACCCGGAACACUACGUGGCUAAACCCACACUGCAAUGCUGCAGAACUGAGCCGCCUCCUCCUCUACUUCUACAGCACAGUGCGUCACGAAUGUAGGCGGCUCGGUCUAACGCUUCUGGUGGACUCUCGGAGAUGUUCUCCAGUGCCGGCUCUGUUUAAAGCUCUUCAUAUUAUACAAGCCGCUGUGCCUUCUUGCAUCCAUGGCGUGUUGUUCCUCACCGAGAAGGAUCUCAACGUAUCACUGGAGAGGCCACAAGGAGUCCAGUUUGAUAUCCUCACAACAACGAAGGCUUUGCACAAGCACAUCGAGGCCUCACAUCUCCCACCAAACUUUCACGGAACCUUUCCCUAUUGUCACCUGGACUGGGUGUCCUUCCGAACGAAGUUGGAGUCCCUGCAGGACAGUUGUCGUGACGCCUACACUUUUCUGCAGAGUGCCAUCCAGAACUUGCAGAACAGUUCCCUACCGGAGAAGGCAGAGGAGGCCUGUCUUCAGCUGACGAGGUGCGGACAGUUAAUGCGAGCGGUCCUUGAGGACGCGAGGCUGGUGAAACUGCAAACUGAAGGGGGCGCUGUGCUGGCCAGGCUGAGGAAGGAGGAGACCUGUGUGAUGCUGACAGACGAUUACAGGGAGGAGGUGGAAGUGGCUGCGGAACUGUAUAAUCGAGUGGAUGAAGGCGUCCACAUGCUGGUGAAACUGUCCAACAAGCGCAUACAGCAGAUGGAACUGGUCAUCGAGUUUGAAGCAUUUGAAGGAAGGUUUAAGGAGGUUAGUGGCUGGAUAGAGCACGUUGGCGAGCGGGUUCUUGGUGAAUGCAGUAUUUUAGAAGAUUCUCUGGAGGUCCUCGUUCAAACACAGAGACACUUCCAGGAGUUUGAUGGCGUGGCAUGUGAGUACUGCAGACGCGGUCAGGAGAUGCUGCAGUCAAUGGAAAAGUGGCAGAGUCUUUGCUCUCAGGAGAUGUACAAGUACAUGGUGAAGUUACAGUCAUGUAAAGAAAUGUUAACAAAGUUCUCGAGGAGGUUGGAGGAAUCCCGUAUUCGGCUGGAGAAGGCCGUCAGACUCUAUCAGUUCUUCGACAAGGCGUAUGAAUGGGCAUUGGAAGGAAUGCGUGGACUUGCCACCGUCAGUUUGGACGACUGUAAUUCCCCGGAGCUGUGUACAGGAGCCAUCGAGAGUCUGGAGAAUUACCAGCUGCAGCAUCCCGAGAUUGCGGAGAAGAAAUUCGAGGAGAUGAGGGAGCUCGCCUAUGAGCUGAAAAGCGACAAGGGAACCAAGCAGUGGAAGUUUGCAUGGUCAAAGUGCCAGGAGGCCAGACAAGUGUUCGAGAAGAAACUGGAGGCGGCGCUCAGGGCUAAAAAUGUACUGAUUGGGGAACAGGCUUCUCCACGGUCAGUCUUACAUAGGAGACGCCUGGGCAGUCUAGACCAGAAAGUGCAUUCAGAAAAAAGCCCAAAUAUGUAUCUCCAGAACAAUCCCCUCAGCUCCCCACUCUGUGGCAGGGAGAGGAGGCUGGGCAGAGUUCUCUGUAACCGACCAGAGGUUGGGUAUUCCAUGGAACAGACGCCGUACAGGGCAAGCUCCUGCUCAAGUGGCAGCUCCAUUGUCUCGGCAGAUUUCCGAGUUCGAAAAAUGUCUCUUCAGAGCAUUCCCGGUGAGGAUGUAAACUCGGAACUGUUCCACCAGGUGCCUUCCGGGUCCUCCACCCCCACCCCAGCUCGACCCAUGGGGCGAAGGUUACUGAGAAAGGCUCAGAGCUUUGACCUUCCUGGAACUGACGCAGGGACUCACGGAUGCCAAAGGAGACUGAGCGAGCCCGCUAGGCGAGGGAACACCGGAGUCUUCAUUAAAGGCCUGGAAGUGAGCAGCACCGAGCAUACAGACCGGACGUGCAGUCCUCGACAACCCCUGGACUGGUCAGCAGAGAGAGUACUCAGUGACAGGAGGAGCAGCGUCUCCUCGGCUGAUGGGAGAAGCCGUACCAGUAAACUGCGGCACAUCAUCGACGAAAUGGUCUCCACGGAGAGGGAAUACGUCCGGUCGCUGUGGUACAUCACUCAGAAUUAUUUCCCUGAGAUGGAUCGCUUGGAUCUUCCUCAGGAUCUGCGAGGAAAGAGAGGCAUCAUCUUUGGAAACCUGGAGAAAUUAUCGGAUUUCCACAGUCAGUAUUUCCUGAAGGAGCUGGAGAGUUGCUGCAACCACCCGCUGAGGGUCAGCCACUGCUUCCUCCGACAUAAAGACCAGUUUGGGAUGUACGCCUUGUACAGCAAGAAUAAGCCAAGGUCGGAUUUGUUACUUGCCAGCCACGGGAUUAUAUUUUUUAAAAAUAAACAGCGUGAACUGGGAGACAAGAUGGACCUUGCUUCUUAUCUGCUGAAGCCGAUCCAGCGUAUGAGUAAAUACGCCUUACUCCUGAAGGAUCUGAUCAAGGAGUGCGGAGAGGCUCAGGAACAGGAGCUGCAGCAUCUGAAGGCUGCCGAGGAAAUGGUUAAGUUCCAGCUUCGUCAUGGCAAUGACCUUCUAGCCAUGGAUGCCAUACGUGACUGCGAUGUAAACCUGAAGGAACAAGGUCAGCUGGUGAGGCAAGACGAGUUUACGGUGUGGCUGGGGCGCAAGAAGUGCCAGAGACACGUCUUCCUGUUCGAAGAUCUGAUCUUAUUCAGCAAACCCAAGAGGAUCGAAGGCGGCCUCGAUGUCUAUAUCUACAAGAGGUCAUUUAAAACCGCAGAUAUCGGCUUGACGGAGAAUUCAGGAGACAGCGGGCUGCGUUUUGAAAUCUGGUUCAGGAGACGUAAAUCCAAUGACACGCACAUUCUUCAAGCAAGCAGCAUGGAAGUCAAGCAAGCCUGGACGAGUGACAUCGCCAAUAUCCUCUGGCAGCAGGCGACCAGAAAUAAAGAGGUCCGGAUGCAGGAAAUGGUCUCUAUGGGUGUAGGGAACAAGCCGUUCUUGGACAUAAAGCCGAGCGACGCAGCCAUAAACAACCGCGCUAUAGAUUACAUUAUGAAAGGCCGAGGGGCCAGAACUCGAGCCUCCAUUGCCGUGUCAUUGUUUGAUCACUCGGACCCUUAUAAAAGAACCCAGGCACCCACCACUUGUACCUCUGUGCCUUCUGCCUCAUUGUUGGGACCCCUGAACCUGCACAUGUAUGUAAACCAGACCCUUCUGCCUGGAGUCCUUUCUGUCAACCGGCCCUUUGAGACCAGCAGCUGCCUGGAGGAAGAUGAGCUGGAGAACGAGACGAGCUGCAGCCAACCUUCCAUGACUACAGAGAGUUCCGAGUCUUCGCAGUGCAUGUCUGGCGGUGGCUCUAGUGGAUCAGACAGCGGCUGUGUCUCUGGCAUUCCCCAGGAUAAUCUGUCGGAAGAUGCCGCCUCUCCCUGUGACGCUUCGGCACAAUACACCUUUCCAGAGAGACGGAGCAGUUCUGGCGUCAUCUCCCCGGCGGUGGAGAAAUCCAGGUUCCUCAACAGACAAUACAUCUCUGCAAAUCAAAGCCACAUUUCCCUCAGUCCUUCCACCAUUGUCUGAUCUUCCUCCUAAUACCCGUAUUCCAGUAUGACCAGGUUUCCGGUUGUCGGAGAUUUGCCCGAUAUGAAUUGCGGCCGCCUCCUCUGGCCCCCGACUACGUUUCUAUGUUCUAACCGCCUCGUUAGCGACUUGUUAAUGUGUAAUAUUUCUCUAUUCCUGUAUAUAGUUUAAUAUACCAGCAGACGCCAUGCUGUACGGCCUGCUGAUGAGUUCUCCUGUUAAGCUGCACAGUUUGUAAAGUUUAUUGAAUAAGACAUUUGCAAGAUUUGUAUUUAAUAACAGAUGUCCUUUUACAUGUUGAACUGGAAUUUGACGAGUGUCUUAUUUUGUUAUAGUUUUUUUUUUUCCCCAAACUAGAAAUAAUUUAUUUACUGGAGAUAAUCCUUAAAUCUGAAUAAACAGAUUUAUUUCAGUU